UUUGAACCGAACCGGUUUUUGAACCGAACCGUCGUAUUUUUUCCGUUAAAAGCUGUACCACGAACCGAACCAUUUUUAUUUUGAAAACACUGAACCGAACCGAAAACCACUAAAACCUAAUGGUUCGGUUCGGUUCAAAUAAAGAAUUUUUCAGUCAAUUUUUACUCUAAAUAUUUGUAAAAAGUGCAACUCUGCGCCUUGCAUAUUUCAAGCAUUUUUAUAUUUAUAUGGCAAUAUUGUUGUAGUACUGACUUUUGUCAUCUGUAAAAUGCGCACAUCACUUAUUGCAUUUACAUACUCGCAACAUUUACGUAUUUGCUUUUCAAUUUUAAUAUGGUUAUUUAUUCAAAAUGAGCAAAAAUAAAGUGCAUGAAGAAUUCAUUUACAAUGCAAAAGAAAAUAAAAGUGUGUGCAAACAUUGCAACAUGCAAAUGGCUGGAAAACAUACGGAAAAUUUAUUAAGACAUGUGAAAAGGAAGCAUAGUGAUGUUGUGGAACUGUUGCCGAAAAAGAAAAAGAGUGAACACGUUAAUAACGACAACGGCAUUUUAAAAUACGUUGUAGCCAAGACGCCGAAGGCACAACUUUCUUUAACAAAGGAAUAAUUGUUGGAAGCUUGUUUGGAGCUGGUCACAAAGAAUGGCAGACCACUGAAAAUAUUAGAAGACAGUGGUUUUCGCAAAAUUAUUGAUCCGAUUUGCAAGACAGUAAAAGAAGAAAUUAUCCAAAGAGCCUUUGCGCUGCGUUCUCAAAUAACAAACAGAUUAACUAAUCGGUUACUUUCUAUUAAAGUUGAUUGCGUAAGUAUGUAGAUUAGAUCGAUCUAUAAUAGGUAUCAACGCACAAUAUAUUGAAAAUGGAGAAAUACAAAUUGAAACUUUGGCAAAGGAAAUAUUUGUGAAACAUACCGCACUGAAUCUCUUCAAUACAAUCACGGAUGUUCUUCAAUCAUUUCAAAUAAAUAUAGAACGGGUUUAUUCAAUAACAAUCGAUAAUGCCGCCAACAUGGUUUGCGUUGGUAAAUUAUUUAAUAAUAACUCAAAAGUGCCAAGUGAUGAAAAUAGCAACGAAGUUGCUAUCGAAGAUUCAGAUAAUGAUUUACUUGGAAAUGAAGGUGAAGAGGAUGAAAAAGAUAUUGACUGUGUAAACGAUGACCAAGAUAUGAUCGAAAAUGUCGAUCCAAAUGAACAAAUGUGUGAAGAACUCGAGAAUGAUUUUAUGAAAUCUUCCUCCGUUAGUUUAAUUCGAUGUGCCGCACACACUUUGAACCUGGCAGUAUCUGAUUUUUUAAAGGAUAUUAAGGAUGUGCGAAGCAAGGCCAAGGUAGUAGUCAAAAAAUUAAGAACACCUACAUUGCUGAAUUUGCUGCGAACAAAAAAAUUACGUAAGCCUAUGCUAGAAUGCGUCACUCGGUGGGGAUCUACUUACAAUAUGUUAAAGAGUUUAUUGGAGGUUAAAGAUUUUUGUUGCGAGAGCUCUAAAGAUAUUAAAGAGCUAUAUAUGACCGAUGAUGAUUGGCAGCAAAUUGAAAGCGCAUGCGACAUUCUUUUUCCAGCUUAUAAUAUUUCUCUCAAACUUCAAAACAAACAACUUGAAUUAGGUGACAUGUUUUUUGCAUGGUAUUCAUGCAAGCUAAAAGUGGAGCAGAAGACUGGGUGGAUGAGCAAGAAUUUCGCUGCAGCAUUGAAAAAGCGGGGUGAAUUAUUGUUAAAUAAUUCUUGCGUUUUAGCGGCUGUUUAUUUAGACCCCAGAUAUCAGCUUUUGCUUGGCGAUUCCGAAAAAGAAUUGGCAAAAAUAUUUAUAUAGCAAGUUUUCACAUUGAGGGAAAAUAUAAUUUGCCAGAAAAAUGUGGACCAAUCUCCCCAAUCGAAAAUAAGUUCCGAUGAUGAAUUUGAUGCUGUGCUCGAGCAGUUAUAGAGCCCAUACACGAGCACACAAGUGCGUUCGAUCGGUAUGAAUUCGUUUGCCCAUACACGACACACAU